ACGUCAUAUGGUGGGUGUAUCACCGGUUAAUCUCGUUCCGAUAGUCUGCAAAUGGAGGAAGGUGUUAUCUGUCCUUUAACUGGCGUAGUAGAAGAAAGCUUUUUAUUUUAAUCUGAAAGGAUAUUAUCGUUUCAAACAAAUCCUUGUCUCAGUUAAGCAAAAUGCCUGCUGUUAGGGGAGAAGGAAUGAGAGGGUUGGCUGUGUUUAUUUCAGACAUCAGAAGUAGUAAAAGUAAAGAAGCUGAAAUAAAAAGAAUAAAUAAAGAACUUGCUAAUAUACGUUCUAAAUUUAAAGGUGAUAAAACUCUUGAUGGCUAUCAAAAGAAGAAAUAUGUUUGCAAAUUAUUGUUUAUUUUUCUACUUGGUCAUGAUAUUGAUUUUGGUCACAUGGAAGCUGUUAAUUUACUCAGUUCAAAUAAGUACUCAGAAAAACAAAUUGGUUAUCUCUUUAUCUCUGUUCUUAUGAAUGCCAAUAAUGAUUUAAUGAAAUUAAUUAUUCAGAAUGUGAAAAAUGAUUUAACUUCACGAAAUCCUAUUCAUGUCAAUCUUGCACUUCAGUGUAUUGCAAAUAUUGGGAGUCAAGAAAUGGCAGAAACAUUUGGUCCAGAGAUUCCAAAAUUGCUUGUAUCCGGUGAUACAAUGGAUUCUGUAAAGCAGAGUGCUGCUCUUUGCCUUUUACGAUUGUUUCGUACUUCUUCUGAAAUUAUUCCAAGUGGAGAAUGGACAUCUAGAAUAAUUCAUCUUCUCAAUGAUCAGCAUAUGGGUGUUGUAACAUCUGCAGUAAGUCUUAUUGAAGCAUUAGUAAAGAGAAAUCCUGAAGAGUAUAAAGGGUGUGUUUGCUUAGCAGUGUCCAGACUAAGCAGGAUUGUAACAUCAUCAUAUACUGACUUGCAAGACUACACUUAUUAUUUUGUACCCGCUCCAUGGUUAUCUGUAAAGUUACUUCGUCUUUUACAAAAUUAUCCACCUCCAGAUGAUCCUGCUGUAAGAGGCCGCCUUAAUGAAUGCCUAGAAACUAUAUUGAAUAAAGCUCAAGAACCACCUAAGUCAAAGAAAGUUCAACAUUCAAAUGCCAAAAAUGCUGUUGUUUUUGAAGCCAUUAGUCUUAUUAUUCACAUGGACAGUGAACCAAAUCUGUUAGUAAGAGGUUGUAAUCAAUUAGGACAAUUUCUGACACACAGAGAAACAAAUUUAAGAUAUUUGGCUCUUGAAACAAUGUGCUUAUUAGCAACUUCUGAAUUUUCACAUGAAGCUGUGAAGAAACAUCAAGAAACAAUUAUUUCUGCAUUAAAAACUGAACGAGAUGUAAGUGUUCGUCAAAGAGCAGUAGACUUACUCUAUGCUAUGUGUGAUAAAUCUAAUGCAGAAGAAAUAGUUGGAGAAAUGCUGUCUUAUUUAGAAACAGCAGAUUAUUCUAUAAGAGAAGAAAUGGUAUUAAAAGUUGCUAUUUUGGCUGAAAAAUAUGCUUCAGAUUAUACAUGGUAUGUUGAUGUUAUACUGAAUUUAAUUCGCAUUGCAGGAGAUUAUGUUAGUGAAGAGGUUUGGUAUAGAGUAAUACAGAUUGUUAUUAAUCGAGAAGAUGUGCAAGGUUAUGCAGCUAAAACUGUGUUUGAGGCUUUACAAGCUCCUGCCUGUCAUGAGAAUAUGGUAAAAGUAGCAGGUUAUAUUUUGGGCGAAUUUGGCAACUUAAUAGCUGGUGAUCAAAGAUCUAGUCCUUUAGUGCAAUUUCAACUAUUGCACUCAAAGUAUCAUUUGUGUCCAGUUCCUACACGUGCACUCCUCUUGACAACCUACAUCAAAUUUAUAAAUUUAUUCCCUGAAAUCAAAGAUAAUAUACAGACAGUUUUAAAUAGUGAUAGCAACAUUCGAAGUGCUGAUGUUGAAUUACAACAAAGAACUGUCGAAUAUUUUCAUUUGAGCAACAUUGCUUCUAGUGAUGUGUUGGCAACAGUUUUGGAAGAAAUGCCUCCAUUCCCUGAACGAGAAUCUUCCAUAUUGGCCGUACUGAAAAAAAAGAAACCUGGAAUGACAGAAGCACCGACGAAAGAACAUCAAUCACCUUCUGCAAUUGUUAAUACUGUUGGCCAUACUGGUGAUUUGGUUAAUUCGGUGCCAGCUCCAACAGUCAAUGCUACAAUGGAUCUUUUAGGACUGUCAGGUGAAAAUGCUAACCAGUCGGCUACAAAUUUCUCAAAUCCACCCACAAAUAAUGCAGGUGGAAUGGAUCUUCUCGUUGAUGUAUUUGGUGAUUCAAUAGGCUCUCCACCAAAUUCUACUGUUCCGUCAACACCUCCAGAAACUGCUAGCAGCAUUAUUGUCAGUAAUGAAGAAGGAUUGAAAAGAUUAUUGUGCAAACAGAAUGGGGUUAUGUUUGAGAAUGACCUGAUUCAGAUAGGAAUUAAAACAGAAUAUCGUAAAAAUCUUGGACGAGUGGGUAUAUUCUAUGGUAAUAAAACUUCUUUCCAACUUCAAAGCUUCUUGCCAAAUAUAUCGACACCAGGAGAACUUUCUAACAAAUUAAAUAUUCAGGUGAAACCUGUAGAAACUGUUAUUGAUGUAGGUGCUCAAGUUCAGCAAUUGUUGAAUGUAGAAUGUAUUGAUGAAUUUAUUGAGCUCCCAGUAUUAGUUAUCCAGUUUGUCUAUUGUGGUGCACAGCAGAAGUUGACAUUGAAGUUACCAGUAACCAUUAAUAAAUUCAUUGAACCUACCGUUAUGAAUUCUGAAGCAUUUUUCACACGAUGGAAAAAUUUGAGCAAUCCAUGUCAAGAAUCACAAAAAAUAUUCAAGGCAAAAUAUCCUAUGGAUGCAGAUUCCAUUAAGACUAAGUUGUUGGGAUUCGGCACUCAAGUUUUAGAUGGAAUUGAUCCAAACCCAGACAAUGUUGUAGGUGCAGGAAUUGUAAAUACCCGUACACUCCAGAUUGGGUGUUUAUUGAGGCUAGAACCUAACCGUCAAGCACAGAUGUAUCGUUUAACAAUAAGAACAAGUAAAGAAGCUGUUUCAAAACAGUUAUGCGAACUUCUCCAUGAGCAGUUCUAAUAUUUUUUUUAUUUGCUCUUCCAAUGGUUAAAAUAAUUAAUGAAUAUAGACUGCCAAAGCCAUGUUAAACAACAAGGCCAAACAUAAGGUUACCAACCAAAUCUGAAUAACAAAUUUUUGUUCUAAAUCCAAAAAUUCUCAAAACAAUUUUGUAUAUAGUUAUGUGUAUUAUGGAAACACUUGUUUAUUUACAUAGAUAUGCCUAUAGUUUUCUUUGUUUACAUUUAAAACAAAUCAUAUAGACCUAUAUAUUGGUAAUUAUGGUGUGACAAUUUUAAACUUUUUUUCAAAGCCUGGAGUAUUUAAUCUUCAGCAACAAAUCUCCACUAGGAUCUGUAGCCUUUUGUGACUUCUUGUGAAAAUUAACCAUUGGAUAAAAUUUUGAAUGAGUUCUGAUAAAAUUUAUUUAUUUUUUCAAACGGAUGGACCUUCCUCCUCCAACACGUUGGCAAAUGCUGUUUUCAGUUGGAAUAUUGUUCAUGAUUUUUGUUAAUUUCAUAAGCCUUUUGUAAAUGCUGCAAGUAAAUUCACUCAUACUAACUUAGAUAACUUUUAAGUAGUAAACAUUCACAAAGCUGCUUCUCUUUAUUCUUUGCAUGAUUGAGAUCUUUUUAACUAGUAAAACAAAAACAACAAAAAUGAACUGUUUGGCAUAAUACACUGCAGACAUUCCUCAGUUCUAUAUUAAAUUGUUUUAUGGAAUAUUUGUAUAAUAACAUGCUGCAUAUCAGAAAUUGAAGUGAUAUUCAUCUGUAAACGUGAACAUUAUGAUUGUAAAUUGAGGAAAAAAACAUUCCUAAUGCUGUGUUGUCAAUUGUUAGGAUUAAUUAUGGUUUAUGGCAACAGCAAUAAAUGUUAUUGUAUGACAUGCAGUUUAGUAA